AUGAUAUCGAAUAUUUAUUUGUCUGAUGAUAUUCUUUCAACAAAUCAAUGUUUCAUUUGUCAAAAAGAAUUUUCAUUUGGUGAAUUAAUUCUUCGUGAUUAUGAUAUUGAAGCAAAGAAAUAUAUUUAUUAUCAUCCAACAUGUUUACAAUGUAUAAAAUUUGAUAAAGUUAAUAUACAUAAUUAUGGUCAAUUAUUAUUUGAACGACUAAAACAACAUUAUAAAUUUGAACAACAACAAAAUGAUUUAACUAUUGAUGAUGAAAACUAUCAUGGAUUGUGCUAUGAUGAACAUGUUAUUGAUAUUAGAAAACCAAAUGAUUGUAAAAAAACAGAUUUAAAUUCAUCAUUAACAUGUUGUAGAAAAGAUUGGAAUGGUAUUUAUGAAAUAAAUCCUAAACAAUGUUCACGUUGUCAUAAAACUUUUACACGUUUUGAUAUAUAUCAAACAAAUAAUCAUAUUGAUUAUUAUUGUAAUAUAUGUUGGAUAUAUCAAAAAGAAUUUAUAAUUAAAAAUCAAACACAAUCUUCAUUUAUACGAUGUAAUCUAUGUGGAAAAUUUCUGUUAGAUCAACUCACAGAUGAUAUUAUUUCUAUGAAUUUUGUUCAUCCAGAAUGUUUAGAAAAACAUUUAAAUGAUUUAUAA